CCUCCAUCGUCGGAGCCUUCCAGGAGCGGGCGGGCCAGCGUCCAGCGUUGCUGGUUGCUAGGGUCUUGGGCUGGGUGGCGGGAGCUUCUCUCGGCACUGUAACUUGGAUUCUAAAUUCGGAGGAAAAGGAGAUGGAAGAUGAAAAUGUGGUUGGUUUGGAAAGCAGUUGACUAGUGUUGGAGUCCAGAGCUUCCAGGCAUCGCUUCUGAUACUAGAGAAGGGAAACUGUCAGCUUCCAGUGGGCGGUGCCGCCAGGGCGCCAAUCUUGAGCGCUUGGGGGCGAAGUUAUCUUUUGACGGUAAAAAAUCCCAUUUGUGCAGUCGCAGUUCCCUUCCGGCUGUCAACGGAGCGCAGGCGUGCCAGGCACUUCUGAGGUUGCCCGGCAAGCUAAACGCGCAUCUGGCUGCACCUUUUUUCUUCAUUCUAAACGGUAGUAAGCGAGAAUCCCAGCGAUCCAGGGAAACUGCGUUGUAUUAAAUCCCUCCUGAUUUUUGUAUUACAUGGUCUCACUUGAUUGGUCCUUAUGAAAAACAUCGCUUAUUAUUUAUUAAAAUGAAACAGUAUCCACUGCUUCUUCGAAGACCCUUACCUCCCCAAAUCCCUAAACUGCCUUCAUAUAAGAAGAAAAUCCACAGAGUCAAGACUGAUAAAACUAAGCCACAUCGUGUAAGCUUUAUUGGUAUUAAAGAUGAAACUUCUUCAGUUAAAAGUGGUAAAACCAGUCCUGAUGUUGUUUCAAGAAGUCGGACACAAGAACUUCAUACUCAAAAUAUCUUUCUUGAUUAUCCUCAACCAGAAAGACUGACUCCUGAUUCAGCCAUCUACAAAUCUACUAAAAACGUCUAUUCACACAUUCCAGAUACUGUUACUGAUCAUUUAAUUUUUCCAAGUCAUCUUUCAGUGUGUCCUCAACUUUUUAGGAAAGAAAUAAAGCGGGUGGAAAGAUCAAAAAAAAUCCCCAAAGUACCUUACAAGAUAGAAAAUAUUCACAUUGAUGAAAAAUUACAAAAUGUUUUAUUUCUUUCUUCAGCAUGCCUGAAAUCUGUAAAUGCUCCUUGCCCAAUUUUUGAUACUAAUUUCAAAAAUGUAUAUAUUGAGCAUCAAUACAAACUUGACCCCCUACUGAGAAUGGUAACAUUGCCAACCCCUCUAACUAGCCCUUCAUCUAUUAAAGAAAAAAGUCAGUGGCCUGUGCAGUUUCCACUCAGUGUCACAAGUCUUAGUACAGGGAGGAUAAGCAUUAAUCAAUUUCCAUCUACCAUUUCCUUUCCAAAACCAACGUUACCAAGAAAACCUCGAAGACAGUCUAUACUAGAAACUCUUGCCUUAGAAAAUGAAAAGGCAGAAAAUAUACCAAGACCAUCUGAAGAUAUCCCUAGAAGAAAAAUAGAUUAUUCAGAUGCCCACAUUUUACAUGGUGAAGGUUUUAGGACUGUUGCAGCAACAAAACCUGAUACUGUCAUGGCAAUGGCUGAACUGGCCAUAAUAAACUGCCAAAUAUAUGGAAGAAAUGCACUUAGUCUUAAGGGAUUUUUUAUCAUGACUUGUCCAGAUUUAACAUGUUUGGCUUCCCAAUUGGUAUAUCUUAAUUUAUCAUACAAUGAUUUCACGAAAUUUCCCACAGAAAUAUUUUGUCUUAAAAAUUUACAAGUACUGAAACUGAGAAAUAAUCCUAUCAAAACAAUUCCUUCUGAUAUUCAACAACUUAAGUUCCUUAGAAUUUUAACCAUUGCCUUUACUUUCAUUUCUGAUCUUCCAUUUGGGUUAUUUUCCCUGUCUCAUCUUGAGGAACUUGAUAUUUCCUACUGUGAAAUCACUUCUAUUCCAAAUGACAUCCAGAAACUCAGAUCUCUUGAAAAACUGAAUAUUGAUGGAAAUGAUUUGUUUUACUUGCCAUCUGGAAUUUUGAAGCUUAACCUCACAAAAAUCUCCUUGGAGAAUACUUUUACUCAUCACAGAUUUUGGCCAGAGAAUUCUUUGAAUAGUCCCCAGAAGCUUACUCAAAUUACUGCUUUGUUCAUUGUCAGAAAUAAACUACAUACAUCUUAUAAAGUGAUCCCAGUGAAAACUCAAAGGUUACUAAAAUGCACGUCCAGGUGUGAAUGGUGUCGUGGUCCCAAGUUUGGUGAAGGUUUUGGUGUCAUCCGAUCCUGCAAUAUUUUUGGAGCAUCACAGCUUCCUAUUAUGUUUCAUGUCUGUUCUUCUUCCUGUUAUAGAGAAUUAAGAGAGACCAGUUUUAUUUUAAAAGGAUUUUCUGGCAAAAAAAUAGCUUUAAAUAUGGACUGGGUAAGUGAAAGAAAGCGCAGUGAUAUGCCAGUGAUUCUGUAGAUACCAAUGAAGUUUAUGUGUAAGAAAUUCACGUCUUUGAGAGCACACGUUCUGAAUGGAAGACAUCAGUGUCCUCAUGUAUGGUGCUCAGUGUAACCAGAGCUCCGCACAGAAGCUUAUGAUUGUUAUGAAAUUGUGGUGGAAAUAUUACUCUGGAAGAAUUAGUCACAAGCCUUUGGAUUUCAAUGAAGAUCCAGAAAACUUGUUUCAGAGUCUGUUUACUGUAGAAAGAUAGCUGUUCAAAUCCUUUGAAAAAGAAUUGUUUCUUAGAUCUGUUCUUUUCAUACAUUCCUAUUAAAUGAUAAGGUAGAACUUCAAAGUCAGUCCUGAGUUUUUGCUGUA